UCGAAGGCAAAGACUUCAAGGUGCAUUAAAGAAACAGAGAGCGCUUAGCUGAAAAACAGAAAAACGACAACAACCAACCGCGAGUGACGUCGUUUCGGGGAAGGGCGAUGGUGUUCGCAUCCAAUCCCUUAGCCCUAAGCGUUCCCGAACCCGCCUUCGAAUCCUGGCUUCGGGACUCCUUCGUCUCCCUCUUCUCCCGCCUCGCCAUUCUCUUCUCUCUCCUCACACUCAACCCCCUCGCCAAGCUCGCCGCCGAAGACUUCGCCGGCGACACUCCGUCGUGGUCUCGCGCCUUCGUUGGCUUCUCCGGGUCCUACUCCUUCCCUUCUUCGUCCGCCCAGGCGCGAUUGAGGGUUCACGAGAACGUUAAGCGCUAUGCUCGUAACUAUGCUUAUUUGUUCAUCCUCUUCUUCGCUUGCGCCUUGUAUCAGAUGCCAAUUGCUCUUGUUGGGCUGAUAUCAUGUUUGGCAAUUUGGGAUUUCUUCAAGUAUUUCAAUGACAAAUGGCAAUUGGAUCAAUAUCCUAUAACUCGGCAGUGUUUGCUUCGCCUAGCCCAAUGCGUAACAGCAGUUAUUCUAAUUUAUUCCAAUGUCCAAGUGGCCCUCUUUUGUGCCUUAAGUGUCAGCUAUGCAAGCAUGAUUCUGCAUGCUGCAUUUAGGAAGUUGACCCCCGCAAAGCAAUUGCCGCCCGUCGGCAGGGGUAGGUGAUUGAUCAAUCAGAGAAAACAGCGAAGCACCCGCCUUCAUCAAGCACAUUUUACUCCGAUGAUUCAAUUGCAAGGGGCUUUGGCUCUGAUUAUAGAAGGAUUAUGCAAGUGCAGAAUUAGGGGGACAGUUAGUGUCUUAGGUUUUGGAUAGUAGGCCUUUUCCUCCCAAGUCCCAAGGAUAUGGGGCUCAGGGGCUCAGGGUCUCCUUAUAAUCAGCAGGUUGGCGCCUUUCAUGAGUCAGGAAUCCAAUUUUCCUACUUUCUUAUUAUUUAAUUUUGUAUAUUUUUAGUUUUUAAGUGCUAGACAAAUAAACUUAAAAGAAAUUUGAAAAUUUGGAAAUUUUGAUGUAUACAAGAACUUUGGCAUACUGAUAAGAUGAGAUCAUUUAUAUAUUUUAUUUGUAUUCAUUUUA